AUGGCUGGUGUCAUCACAGAAUCCAUGGGAAUGAGUUUUGUCCUACCAUCAGCUGAUUGUGAUUUAGAUAUGUCUCUAAAUGAAAAGGGACUUUUAUCAUCCAGUGCAUUCUUAGGUCUAGUAUUAAGUGCCCAUACGUGGGGUUUUUUGGCAGACACAAGAGGUAGAAAAUUUGUGAUGAAAUGGUCUUUGGGAUUGGCUCUGGUUUGUUCCUGGUUGUCAUCAUUAUCACACCAGGCUUGGCUUUUGGCUUUGAUGCGUUUCCUUACAGGAUUGUUAUGUUCUGGAGCAAGUUCGACGGCCUAUGCAUAUUUAGGAGAAUUUCAUGGUGAUAAAACAAGAGCCAGGGCAAUCAGCUGGGCUGCUUCUUUUAUUUCUAUGGGUUCUGUUAUAUUACCAGCAAUUGCUUGGGGUAUCAUCCCACUGAACUUCAGCUACCACAUACCAUUUUUGGGCAUAAACUGGACAGCCUGGAGAUUGUAUAUAGUCAUAUGCUCCUUUCCAAAUCUUCUUGCCCUGAUAAUGAUACUGAGAUUUCCAGAAGCUCCAAAGUUUCUCUAUUCUACUGGUAGAGCAAAGGAAUCACUUAAAGUUCUUGCUAAUAUGUACGCCAGCAACAAAGGUUGCAGUCCAUCUGAUUUUCCUGUUAAAUCUCUGGACGAGUCUAAUAUUCCUGAAAAUUCUGCCAAAUCUGGUGGCAUCCGUGCGAUCGGUUCAUUGAUUUUGAAGCAAACUGUUCCUUUGUUCAAAAAACCACUUUUGAAAUAUACUCUGAUGAUAUGUUUAGCACAGUUUGGAAUGUUGGCAGCAUCAAGUGGUGUCUUCAUGUGGUUCCCAGUAAUAGCCAAUUAUUUGAUGUCAUAUUACGAUAAAUUUGGACAUUACGAUAGCGUCUGCGCUGUUUUUGAAGCCAGGACUACAUUCUUGGACACAACUGGAGAUAAAUGCGAUGUCAGUGUGAAUCCUCAAGUUUUUGUUCUGACUUUGAUUUUGGGAAUCUGCUUUUCUAUAAUGUAUGUUGCUGCUGGUACUGUGAUUAAUAUAUUGGGGAAUAAAAAUAUACUGAUUUUUUGUCUAACACUAAGUGGUUCUGGUGGAAUAGCCCUUUAUUUUGCUAGUGAUUAUUAUACCAUAGUGGGCUUUUUUGGUACAUUUUUGGCAUCUGGUGUUUGCGUUGGACUGAUGAACACUAUUACAGUUGAACUCUUCCCUACACACUACAGGGCAAUGGCUUUGUGUCUUUCCUUGAUGAUUGGGCGUUUAGGAGCAUCUGCUGGUAGUAAUGUUGUUGGAUACUUAUUGGAAUACUAUUGUGAUGGAACAUUCUUUGUUUUUGGUGGCAUUUUAUUAUUGUGUGCCUUGUUGACAAUUUUCAUACCAAGAAAACGACCAGAAAAGUCGAAACCGGCUCUGAAUGUGGAUACUGUAGAAAGCUAA